AUGAACUUCUCCGAGUUCCGUAACUGGUUCGCCGAGCCACCACAAUACGAUACCGACCAUCCAGCCCCCUCUCUAAACGCCGACACUCGCGCUCUCGUAUUGGAAAACACCAUACUGGCAAUCGAACAGUGCUACCUUGAUCCAGAUAGCGGGGCCAGAUUAAUCCGCGACUUCCGCCAGCAUAUUUCCACUGGAGCCUACGCAGAAACCACGGAUGGGAGUACCCUCGCUGCGGGGAUAACAUCAGAUCUGCAAUAUCUCAGCGGUGAUAAGCAUUUCCGGUGUCUCUACGGUAUUAGGCCGGAUGAACCUGGUCAUGAGGAGCAAAUUCAACGAUUGCAGAAGUUAAAUCAUGGCUUCGGUCAAGUUGUGAUGUUAGAUGGGAAUAUCGCCGUGCUCGAAGUCCGCGGAUUCGUCCCGGUGCAUUGGGAGGGCGUACGAAGGAAAAUCGACGAGAUGAUGUCUUCCAUUUCGUCUGCUGAUGCCCUUAUCCUUGAUCUGCGACAUAAUCGCGGCGGUGAUCCGAAAGCAGUUGCUCUGGUUGCAGGCUAUCUCUUCGACGAGCCAACUAUCUGGCUUAGAAUGGUUAAGCCAUCUGAUGCAUCAGUCGAGGAUAUUCCUACAGAUCUACCUGUGAAAGAGAAACGGUUUGGUCUCGAUAAACCUGUUUACGUUCUUACCAGUUCAAAGACGAUAUCUGGUGGCGAGGAUCUUGCGUAUGGUUUGCAGGCGCUGCAGCGGGCAGUCGUUGUUGGGGAGAAGACUGUUGGUGCGGCGAAUCUCCCCCGUGCGUGUGCUUUGAAUGACUUGUUUGUUCUUUUUACUCCUCAUAUGUGCCCUGUUCAUCCUGUAGCUGGCGGGAAUUGGGAAGGGAAGGGAGUUACACCGGAUAUUGUUGUUACUGAAGAUGCACUUGAGACGGCGUAUAAUCUUGCAAAGGAGAAACUCGGUGUAUCCUUAUAA